AAAAGGGACCAAAUUAUUACUGCUAUUCUCAGCAAGAUCACCUUUCAAAACCCACAGUUGAAAAUUGAAUUCACGAGUGUUAUGCAAGGAGUGAUGACAGCCUGCCUCUGCCGAAAUCAAGAGAGCUUCUAUGCCCCUACAUGAAAUCCUAAGACCAUUUCAGAUUCUUGAGAGUAUUCCUCCUUUCAGAUGUAGUUCGAGUGAACACAGUCAAGAUCAUCUGAGCCUUCCAUGAACAGCAACCAGGCUCCCAUUAUCCAUUGAUCAAGACGGCAAUCAUAAAUAAAUAUUCACCUGAAGAUAACUGAAGGUCAGAAAUGUCCAUCUAUAUAAUCAUCCAUCUCAAAACAAGGGGUGUCAUCCAGUCAAAAAUAGAAAGAGAAGAAAGGUCUUAAACAGAUCAUCGCUUCAUCAUCAAUGGCUAAACUACAUUGAACAAGCAAAUAGCUCUCCCUCUCUCAUGUUUUGUUCCCUAAAAAUCCUUAUUAUUCAUUUUCUGGGUUUCUGUUCCCUUCUCCUCCUCCUCCUCCACCACCACCAAUUCCAGCCCAUCCUCUUAGAUCGGAUCCCUUCACAUUAACCUAUAAACACCAUAACCAAAAGACAAAAAAGUUUCGAACUUUAACCUCUUUUUAUCACCAACUGACGAUGUUAACUCACACCCAUUUUUUGUCAUCAUAAAAUCUCAACUGGGUUUGGUUUGUUUUCUUCUCCUCUGCUUACUUUCUCCUUGUACUUUCUUGUCUUAAAUAUUAGAGUACAAAGAGGAUACAACGUUUGCGUUGACAUAAAUGGGAAAUGUAACGUCAAGUGUGGCAGCAAAAUUUGCGUUCUUCCCGCCAGACCCCCCAACGUAUGAUGUGUUUAGAGAGCGAGAUGGGAGGCUGGCGUUACCAGGUGUAACUGCAGACAAGAACAUGGAUGUUCACUUGUUGGAAACUAAAGUUGGAAACAAGAUUGUGGCUACGUUUUGGAAACACCCUUUUGCAAGAUUCACAGUUUUGUACUCUCAUGGAAAUGCUGCAGACCUUGGACAAAUGCAUGAGCUUUUCAUUGAACUUAGAGCUCAUUUGAGAGUCAAUAUUAUGAGCUAUGAUUAUUCUGGAUAUGGAGCAUCUUCUGGCAAGCCAUCUGAGUUCAACACAUACCAUGACAUUGAGGCUACGUACAAUUGUUUGAAGAAGGAUUAUGGGAUAAAGCAGGAAGACUUGAUCGUGUAUGGUCAAUCUGUUGGAAGUGGUCCUACCCUGCACUUGGCUUCUCGCUUACAGAGGUUGAGAGGUGUUGUUCUUCACAGUGCAAUUCUUUCAGGCAUAAGGGUCUUGUAUCCUGUCAAGAUGACAUUUUGGUUUGACAUUUUCAAGAAUAUAGACAAGAUACGACUUGUCAGCUGCCCUGUUCUGGUUAUCCAUGGAACAAAUGAUGAUAUUGUUGAUCUGUCCCAUGGAAAGCGCCUGUGGGAACUUGCCAAGGAAAAAUAUGAUCCCUUAUGGGUCAAAGGUGGUGGUCAUUGCAACCUGGAAACUUAUCCAGAGUACAUCAAGCACUUGCGAAAGUUCAUAAAUUCCAUGGAGAAAAUCUCCAUGGUGAAACCAUCAAAGAAACUCACUCAGAACCAGAGUAUUGAAGUCAAACACAACAAAUGCUUAAGAUUUGGUAAAACUUAACCACUUGAAUUUUAGUUCGUCAAAAGAGGUAGUUUGUUUUGAAAGAUGAACCCGUACCAAGAUUGAAUAUGCAUGCUUGAAGGACUUGCAGUUGGUGGCCAAGCAUGUUAUUGCUCAGUAUGUUUCUAAAGAUCAGGGAUUUAUAGGAAAUAUACUUGUUUGUUCCAGAUCCUGUUCAGGUAGGCAUUUUCAGGUAUCAAGUUCAUGUAACUAUUCGUUAGUGAUGUCAAAGUGUCCUGUCAGAAAAUGUGCCCGAUCUGGGUUUUCUUGUAAAAUAGAACCGAGUGGCUCUUUGUAAAAACUAUCCCAUCUAUCUGUCUUCAAUUGCAAGCACUUGCACCUGUCGGCGGUGAUUUUGUAGCA